GCAGGAUUAUCAUUUUUACCAGCUCGCCGCGAAUGCAGCACAGUAAUCUAGCCGCCUGUAUUCCUCACACGGCGUCUCUCUGCGACCAUGGUAACACUUUCCUCAAUACAGGACCUCUGAUUCAAACAAACGGCACAAACAAGUGCUUUUCAUGCAGCUGCUAUUCGCCAUGAAUCUGGCAGAGAUAUGUGACAACGCCAAGAAGGGCCGGGAGUAUGCUCUGCUGGGGAACUAUGACUCCUCCAUUGUGUACUACCAGGGCGUCAUCCAGCAGAUCCAUAAGCACUGUCAGUCCCUCAGAGACCCUGCUCUCAAAGUCAAGUGGCAACAGGUCAGGCAGGAACUGACUGAGGAGUAUGAGCAGGUCAAAGGCAUCAUGGGAACGCUCGAGAGCUUCAAGUCAGAGAAGCCAGUUGACAUCCUAGCCCCUCAGUCUGAGGAGAGACCUGAAGAUCCAGCAGUGUGGCCCCCUCCCAUCCCUGCAGAACACAGGAAUCCUGUUGCAGUAAAGCGUCCCAACAGUGCAGUGAAACAGCAGAGGAAGGAGUCCCCCGGUCUGCAGCAUCGAGGGGCAGGGCCAGGAGGCCGCGGCCAGGCCAACCCUAAAGCUGACCGGCCGGGAAUCAGAGAUGCCCGAGGCACAAAGGCCAAAGAUGAUAAGGGAAAGAAAGGGGCUGGAGAAGUACCAGGGGAUGUAGAGCAGAAGAAGUUUGACAGCACGGGAUAUGACAGCGACCUGGUGGACUCACUGGAGAGAGAUAUUGUGUCCCGCAACCCAAACGUUCACUGGGAGGACAUUGCGGAUCUGGAAGAUGCUAAGAAGCUGCUGAGAGAGGCAGUGGUCUUGCCUAUGUGGAUGCCUGACUUCUUUAAGGGCAUUCGUCGCCCCUGGAAGGGUGUGUUGAUGGUCGGCCCUCCUGGGACCGGGAAGACCAUGUUAGCCAAAGCUGUGGCCACAGAAUGCGGGACUACUUUCUUCAACGUGUCCUCCUCCACCCUCACCUCCAAAUACAGGGGCGAGUCAGAGAAACUUGUUCGUCUGCUGUUUGAAAUGGCCCGGUUUUAUGCACCGACAACCAUCUUCAUAGAUGAGAUUGACUCUAUCUGUGGCAGAAGGGGAACGUCAGAUGAACAUGAAGCCAGCCGCAGGGUCAAAUCAGAACUUCUGGUUCAGAUGGAUGGCGUCGGGGGAGCUCUGGAAAAUGAUGACCCCUCGAAGAUGGUGAUGGUCCUCGCUGCCACCAACUUCCCCUGGGACAUCGACGAGGCGUUGCGGCGACGGCUGGAGAAGCGGAUCUACAUCCCUCUGCCCACAGCUGUGGGUCGUGUAGAGCUUCUAAAAAUCAACCUGAGGGAAGUGGAUGUGGCUCCUGACGUGGACCUGGACCUCAUCGCUGAGAAGAUUGAGGGCUACUCUGGAGCAGACAUCACCAACGUCUGCAGAGAUGCGUCCAUGAUGGCGAUGCGUCGUCGAAUCCAAGGCCUGAGCCCAGAGGAGAUCCGAGCUCUCUCCAAAGAUGAGCUGCAGAUGCCUGUGACCAUGGAGGACUUCACCCUCACGCUAAAGAAGAUCUCUAAGUCUGUCUCCGCAGCCGACCUGGAAAAAUACGAAGCGUGGAUGACUGAGUUUGGGUCAGUGUAGAGACGGUACCAUUUUAGACCCAGGGGGACCAGAACCUUGAAAGGAGUCCUCACUGCUUUGAAAAUGAUGAAAGCCUUGAAGAGGAGGGACUCGGGAGUUGUGUCACGGAGCCGAAUGAACUCUAGUGUGUGAACCCGGCAGCACAUCAGGGAUUCAGAUUAUACAGGGGCUGAGGUUCAUAUCAGACGACUGGUGCCUUUGAGAGAGCUUGGUGAGAACUUACAGUGGCUUCACUGCUGCCCUUUCACAUAUUCUUCCCUCGUUGUGUCUUCGACACAAUCGUCCGUGUAGAGACUAUCAAUCACCCAGCUGCUGACUGACGUAAAGAAUCUGAGGAUGCUCUCACAUCUUCUCACCUUCUCAUGUAAAGAGUAGCUGAAUAGACCAGGGAACACACACUAGUUUUACUUACAUGUAAGGCCUCUUGCAAGAACAUUUUUGUACUUUUAUGUUAAACUCCCUUUGCUUUGUUCCGAGUCAGAUUCACUAACUUGUUGCAGAUUCGCACGAACUUGUUGCAAAUUGAUCGUUUCGACCUUACAAGUGUGUCAUGAGAUGUGAUGAUCAACGUCCCUAAAAUUGUCUCUGUUUUGCUCCAUUUUCGCCAAGUUUCAUUCAAAACUUGUCAGAAGAGUAGGAAGAGGAAUUUCACACCACUAACCUUGCCAUCCUGCUAUCAGAAAUCAGCAGCCAAAAAAAAGAUGGCUUUGAAUAAGCUUUAGAACACAUUAAACAAAAAUAUCUUUAUACAGGCGGCAGUAAUGUGUUAAUGAUAAAGAAGGUUUAAGACAUGUUGGACCUGCUUAAACACUGUGAGGCAGAUGUAAGAUUGAGAGACUUAACCAAACAAAUACUCAGUUGUGCUGGUUGCUAUGCCAAAGUAUGCCAGUAGAACUUACAUAACACAUUGUUGAACCUCUUCUUCCCCUUUUACACCAAAUUAGCCUUUGUUCUUAAACCAGCUGUGUUCAAGAUUCUUGUAAGCACAGAUGCCUCAUCAGUGAAAGAGCAACAACCUGCAGAAUAUGACACGCUUUGGUUCACGUUCCAGCUGAACCGAACCAGUAUGUUUUUGGUUAUUCACUCAAAUGCCCAGAAUGGAACCAAUCAGUGUUGGUGGAUAGGCGCCCCUGCUUAUUCAUUCAGAUGAUAAUUCUGACUUUCUGUACUGACAGGGUAGGACCACUUGUCCACUUCUUUAGAGAGGUGACUCAAAAAAAUGUUUACUGAAGUCACUGGUUGGUACCACUUCAGAACAAAUCUUUUUGUUGUCCUUGUGAUUCUUGCAAGAGGCCCAGGGUCUUAAAGAAGUGUAUGUUUGAGCACUUUUAAUGUAGGAGCCCAUGUACUUACUACUGACUGAACACACUUGAAGAAACAAAAUGUCUGUGUUAUGUAGUGACUGAUUAUGUGUUUGUGUGUUUUUUUUCUUGGUUUUUAACAUUUUUUUUUUUUUCAGUUUUAGCUCAGUUGGACCCAUGGAUUGUUAAUGUAAUGAUACAGUACAUUUUUGCCUACUCAGUGGUUCCUGUAUUUAUUAAAUGAAUCGGACUAUGUCUCGCAUUCAAGAAGACAGUGAUUCGAACAGUAAGGUCAAUACAUUGUGAACUAGUGAUAGUUUCAGUCUUUGCUGUAUUUUUUCCUCAUGUUUUACAUUUAAUUUCAGGCUGUCCUAGGUAUUAAAGGAGACAUAUAAUACUUUAUGUUUCCUUCAGUGUUUUAUACUAUGAAUGCUUUUGUGCCUGUAAAAGAUCUCGAAAGUUUAAAACUCAAAGUCCACACCAUCAGACGCUCCUCACUCCCAUAUAAACACAGCUCCUGAACGCCUCUUCAGUAGUCCCGCCAAUAAUUUCAUGACUUUAUGACAUCACACAACAUCACAGAUUAUUGCAGUUUAUGCCUAGCAGCUGGUUUGGCACAUAACAAUUGUUUUAGCGCAGCUGCUCUGUUGUUGCUGGCAGCGCUGGCACAGGCAUGUGUGAACUGACCAAUCAGAUGAAACUGGGUGUUCAGCAGAGGGUUGAUAUUCUACUAGUAACUCAAAAUGACAUUAGGAACUUGAAAAUGAGCAUGAUAUGUCUCCUUUAAGUGCUUAGGACAAAUGAUAAACCACUAAAAGCUCUGUUCACUGCAGACCACAUGUUCUUGGUAGUACUUGUUAAUCACAUCACAAAUCCUGUGUUAUAAACUUAUCCUGUAACAUUUUGCAUUAGAUCUUAAUGACAAUAUCCAUGAAGAAGUAAUUCAUGAUGCUGAGGCUGUAGAAAUAUAGUAUGAAUGUCCAACUCAACAUCCAAGCACUAGCCUUUUUAGAAACUUUUGUGAUAAAAUCUUGAAAGUGCUAUGGAUGACAUUAUAAUGGUCUCUGAAUCUGCACAUCGACAGACAUGUGACAGGGUCACACGCUCAGGAAAAAGGCAAGAAAAUUGACAUUGAGUUGGGACUGUGGAAAUAUUGUUUGAUAAAUGACACCUACACACCACACUGCUCCGCUGAUUUAAAAGCAAAAUAUCAACCGAACUUCUCUCCAUGUGUUUAGAUCUAUAGCAGAGACAUUUAGAGUGAACUGAUAUGGAACGAUGUGUCUGUGUACAACUGGAAGAGAUUGAAACAGCAUGAUAAUGUCCAUGAACAUGUUGUAUCUUCCUGACUGUAUAUUAAGGAGUAUGACCUGUAUUGUGUCGGGGCAGUGAUACAGUUUUGGACAGAAUGCACUGUGGCCCUUUAACUUUCUUAAUAAAUGUCAUUGUAAAGUCUUGGCGAGA